AACACCCCCUUCGGCAGUUUACCAUUGCAUCUGUGUCUCAGGUGUCAAGAGAGAGAAAAUUAAACGGACUUUACAACACCUGAAGGACUUCAGCUACAGACAAGAUUUGUGAAUAUCACCACAAAGCCGUCUCAGCUCAUGAGACUCGUCACAUCAUGAGAUCAUGCAGCCGUUUCCUAUUGGUUUACCUACUGGGGAGCUGCUUUGGGGCAGUAAGUGCACAAAGCAAUGCAACCUGCACUACUGUCCAAAACUGUGGUCAGGUGCCAGAUCCGACCUCUGACUUCCUCCAGUGUGUGGGAUUGCCUUCGAAUGAAACAGGGAACAAUCACAUGCGGAGGCUGAAAGGAAUGCUCCAAGCAACGAUGGAUGUGUACACCUUCAUGAGGUCCAGCAUGACAGGAGUGCCACUUCUCAGCCUGCAGGGGGCCCUGGAAUUAAAACCCGGAAGAGACCCCCUUCAGAACGAAGCCCUGGUCCAGAUGUGGUUGGAGGUCACGAUAAAACCGCUGCUGAAAUCUAUCAGCAAACACUUCCUAUCCUGCCUCAGCACAAAGAACUUCAGCUGCUCCACCUACCAGACUGUGGUGAGGGAGCUCAGCCUUUAUUAUUCUGAGAUGAAUCCAGUCAGACAAAAGUGGAUCUACACAUUCUUUAUGUACCCCUUUCUGUCUGGAGACAGAGUAGCGGGUUGUGUGAGUCCAGGGGAGAGCAGUGAGGAUUGGCUGCUGAAGAAUUUUGGUGCCUUUAGAGUCAUGGCCCGAAUGAAGGAUUUUUCAACACUUAACAUGGUCUUCAGCGGAUUGGAGGUUCUGAACCUGCUGUCCCCAGCGCAGAAAGCCGAGCUGCUGCUGAUGCCUGAGGUUGCAGGUUUAGACAACGGCACCCUAAGCCUGGUUUUCCACAGUUUGUUGACAGGGGGCUCUGGCCCUUCACCCACCACCAGCCCUGGAGGUGUCACCUAUUGGACGACCCCUAGAACUAACCAAAACUGGACCUUACCUGGUGGUAACCAAAACUGGACCUUUCCUGGUGGUAACCAAAACUGGACCUUCCCUGGUGGUAACCAAAACUGGACCUUUCCUGGUGGUAACCAAAACUGGACCUUCCCUGGUGGUAACCAAAACUGGACCUUUCCUGGUGGUAACCAAAACUGGACCUCACCUGUUGGUAACCAAAACUGGACCUUUCCUGUUGGUAACCAAAACUGGACCUUUCCUGGUGGUAACCAAAACUGGACCUUUCCUGGUGGUAACCAAAACUGGACCUUUCCUGGUGGUAACCAAAACUGGACAAGCCCUGGAUACUAUCCUUCAUAUCCCACAUAUGACUCAUACCCACCACCGUCCCCAGAGAACAGCCUCAGACAGGUUGUGAACGGGUUCAUGAUGGCUUUCAAACCCGUUGGGAGCUUCGUUCAUAAGUUUGUGUCCUUCACACAAGAGAGGAACGUGUCAGAAAUUAGAAGCACCACUUUGACCCAGUUCCUGCUUAACUGGACUCUGGCUGAGUUGGCUGCCACUUAUAAGCAAAAGGAACCAACUGUAGUUCCAGAAACGCCAACGUUUGACGUGACAAAUGUGGACGAUUGGUACCAGUAUGUCGUGGUGCCGGUGUUACGAAGGUUCCUGCCAAACGACGGGGCCCUCAUGCAUCAAAACAUCAAACUCGCCUUCCACCAAGUGUUCCAUCUGAAUAAUAAUAUGGACAAUGACACCUCUGAAACGGUCAGUGAAGUCAAGGAUGUCUGUAGCAUCACUCUCGAUAAGAAACCUUGCGGGCUAACUGAUGCGGUGGAAAAUGUGGCCAAUGUUUUGCACUGCGCGGCUCGUAGCAACCUGAUAAUGACCGAGGAGACGGUCAUGAGAUUGAUUGGAGAGCUGACAGGACGUCUGAACUCACUGAUCAAAGAGUUGUCAACAGCAAACUUCAGCGAGGUGGCAGCCGACAUUCAGCAGAUCUUUGGCGGGGCGGAGUCUCCUUCUCUGGCCCAAGAACAUCUGGAUGACCCGGACUUCAUCAAGCUUUGGUUUCAGAUCAAACUGGUGCCUCUCAUGCCUAACAUCCCUAUAGACAUUAUGACCUGCCUCAGCACCAAGAACUUCUCCUGCCCUGUUUUCCACACACUUGUGGCGGAAUUUGGCAAAUAUGAGCCUCCAAUGUAUCCGAAAUAUCUAAUCUAUCAGAUGUUCAUCUAUCCCUUCCUGCUGCAUGACCGAACCCCGGUGGCCCGGUGUAUCUCCUCCAAUCAAAGUGCAUGGCUGCUAAACAACUUUGGUGUCUACUCAAGUAUCAUUUCCAUCACUGACUUCUACAAGUUCAACUUAAACUUCUCUGGACUGGAGGUUCUUCCACUCUUGUCUCCAAGUCAGAUAGCAGACUUGCUGAUUUUGCCUCUUCCUACUCCACCUGAGAAAGACGUUGUUAUCGAGCGAGUAUUUGACUUCCUAUUGGAGUCUCCUCAAUACAAGAAACUUCCAGACAUCCUGAGCAGCCUCCGCCAAAAUGCAUAUAAAAUACCCUGUGAUGUCUUCAAACACAUCUUAGAGAGAUUAUACAGAGCCAUAUCACUUCUGCCACGAGAUUUGGAACCAGUCAUCUGGGCUAACAUAGAUAUGCUGAUAAGCAAGGUAGCAGAUCCAGCAUGUGUGCCAGAUAACGUCAUGUGCCCAGUAACCCAGUACAAUGGUUCUGAAGUCUGCAGAGGAGUUAACAGCUCUGACCAGAACUCUUACCUGAACACAUCUAUGGAAGUUUCCUGCAAUUUUGCCUUGGAGACGUAUGCAUGUGCACAGCUGGAGAAUUUCACAGCCAAUCAGCUGGUGUCUCUUAUAAAGUGUAACCUGCCUGGAAACAGCAAGUACUCCAAAGUGCUGUGGAAGAUGCUGUUGACAAAGCUAUCAUUUGUCUUGGACCCAGCUCUGGACCUGCUGAGUAACAUGCCCAUGGCUAUGGUUGGUCCAUCAGCGUCUCAGAUUUUGGAUGUGAUUGGGGAGAUGAGAGUGUCAGUGCUGACUGAUGAGCAGCUGAUGAACAGCAGUGUCAUCGCAAAGUGGUUCUCCGGUCGUCUGAGCAAGUUCCUGCCACCUGAAUCAGGAAGCUUCCUGCACUGUCUGAGCAGCAGAAACCUCAGCUGUUCUUCAUACCAGCAAAUACUGCAGGUGCUGAUCCGCAAUUUUAAUAUCUACACUGGAAAUCAACGGCUUUUGGUCUUCAAAGAUUUCGUCCUCCGUUUCCUGUCAAAGCCAAACUCAGGUUCAGGCUGUGGGUCUGUUUCCAACGGCAGUGCAGACUGGCUAAUGAAGAAUCUGGGUCCAUUUUCUGAGUUUUUGUCCCUUAAAGAGAUGCUUGGUCUCAACCCAUACUUCAACCCUCUAGAGGCCCUGCAACAUCUCACUCCAGUACAGGAUGCAGAGCUGGUGUUGAGUUUUCCUACUUCUGUAGAGAAAAGCAUCAUCAUAAACACGGUUUUUGAUUACCUGACUAAGUUACCUGACGAAAAGGACUUUCGCUCAUUCCUUGGCUACCUUAUCUAUUACCAUUACCAGGGGAAUUUAUCCUGUGCAUCAUACAAACUACUGUUUGCCAGACUGGACUUGGCCAUUCCUACAGUUUCUCUUGCUGCAGCUUUAGACAUCACGUUCACCAAGAUGAAGUUGUCCUUGUACACACCCCCGGGUUGCCUCAUAUACACUUCAGAGUGCACUGUUACCAUGGCAAACGAAACAGACAUUUGUGUUGGAGUGAACAGCACAAUGCUGAAGCUCAACCUCAGCGAAGGGAUGAACCAGCGUGUCUGUGACUUUGCUGUUGAGGAAUUUGCCUGUUCCUCGAUCACACAGCUGUCCACGCUGCAAGCAGCAGAUCUGGCGGCGGUGUUGGCGUGUAACCGCUCCUCCAACUCCAGCGGCUCACGACAAGCCUGGAAGAUUCUCCUCUCCAAAGCCUCAAAUGUGCUGGAUGUAGCUCUGGAUCUUCUAACCAACACGACUCUGGACCCCAGAAAUGCUGCAGUUUCAGUGAUUUUAGACUCUAUACGAGAAAUCCGAUUGGACACAUUCAGCACGGCCAGCCUCAACCAACCCGCCCUCAUCCAGCUGUGGUUCAGUCAGCGGCUUCGCCCAUUCCUGCCUGCCGUUUCCCCUGAUUUCCUCUCAUGUAUCGUCACAAAAGGGUUGGACUGCAGCACCUACCAGCAAAUUGUGCAGAUUUUGAGCAGUGUCCAGCCACGCAUGACACUCUCCAGGCAGAUCUAUGUCUACACAUACUUCAUCAAGGCUUUCCUGACCUCGAAUAACCAAACAGACCACAGCUGCAGCUCAAACACUAGCAACAGCGGAGAGUGGCUGCAGAAGAACUUCGGAGGUUUCUCUGUCUUUGCGUCCAUCCAGGAGCUGCAGAGGAUUUAUCCCAACUAUAAUCCGAUGGAAGCCUUAUCGCAGCUGACCGUCAGACAGCUAGCUGACCUGUCCACUACACCCAAUCAGCUCACCUCCCCUGACCAGGUUGCCACAGUGAUGCAAUAUGUACCCAACAAAUUCCUCGCUGACUUCUUUGAUGACUUCUCACCUGCUAUCUUGGGUCAUGAAAACAAGUUGCCCAUCGGGGUGAGGUCAGCCAUGUUGCAAGUUGUGUUUGAUCGGGCAAACCUCUCAGAUCCUGCAGUGGGUGAUUCAGUUGUGUUGCUUUGGCUCCAAAAUCGACUGCCCGUCCUGCUGGUCAACCUGUCCUCGGAGAAUGUCAGGCCCUUCUUCAGAAUACUGGCGGGAAGAAACUGCAGUAUCCAGCAGCUGGGAGUCAAAUCCCUGAAUUCAACAAUCUCCUCUCUCAGUGGUGUUACAAAGAAAGAAAUCUAUAACAACAUCAUUCUGAUUCUCACAGAACCAAUACCUAUGCAGUGCUACGGUAACAACUACAACCACAGUUUCUACAGAUUCCUGGAGAGCUCCUUUAUGGGAUUCCAGUUCCCCAACGUCACCACCUUCCUGUCCCUCAUGCCUCACGACAGGGUGCAUCAGCUGGUGAACUCCAUACCUCCAUCAGAUCUUGCAGAUUUCCUCCGUCGCCCUGACGUUGUCGACAACGAUGCAGAGCUAUGUGUGAUCUACAGCAACUACGUCCAGACACCGAUUUUCCUAGAGACCGAGUCUCUCCCGGGGGUGGUGCGGCGGCCCACCUUGCCUUGCGUCUGGCCCAUGGCGCUCAGCAGCUCCAAGUGGUCAGAGGUCAACGCCUGGUUUGACCGACGCCUCGACAGCUAUUUGGUCUUCCUCACAAAGAGUCUGAUCAGCCCCAAUAUCACAUACAACUCCUCCUGCCUGGCCUUCCAAAAGCUCGUUUCAGUCCUUGGGAAAUACAAAUAUACUGCUGCAGACUUCACGAGGCAAGAUGUGUUCAACACCAUCAGAGCAUACCUCACCUCAGCCACGGUGCCAAGGUGUUACAACCCCAGCGACCCGGAACUAAACUCCACAGCCUGGUUUGCCGAGUACAUCGGCCUUUUCAUUCCUUUCCUCACUCUUGAGGAUCUUCAGACGUUCGGAUCUGAGCAGGUUCUCCAGGUGUUCACAGUGAACCCUCUGAACCUCGCUCUCUUCAAUUACUCCGGUUUACCUCUCAACCUCACCAACUACUACACCCAGCUCAUUUAUCAACAGGACAGCAACUUCAACCCUUUGCUACUUCCUCUGUUGGGCCGGUGUGUCGCUCCUGGUCCAACAUUCAGCCAGCUAACACCAGAACAAAGUAUGAUGCUUCUACACAACCUGACCACUCUCUGUUCAUCCAUUGACCCACAGAUUACUGCAGCUUUGGCAGGUAACUUCGGUGACAACAUCAAUGCUGCGGCCAUUACUGCCCUCGGCAGCCAAAGCAGCAGCCUGUCGACCGGUCAGAUCAAUAUGAUAAAGCCUCAGGAUCUAUAUGCUGCCCUCUCCAUUCUCAGCGAUGUUACAGGCUGGAAUGAAGGCCAGGCCAGUGCCAUUAUCCAGUCUCUGAUGUCUUCAGGGUUUAUGAAGAUCAACAGCUCGUCGUCGUUGUUAAUGCUGGGCUCUCUUGUUGUCGGUGUUCCUGCGAACACUUUCAGCAGCAUCAGCGGCUUCCAGCUGCUUACUUCAUCCAAAAAUCCUUCAUUCCUGGCAUACAUGCUGUCCGCUCCACAGAUUGUUCAGCAGAUCUUUGUUACUCAGAUCAUAUCAGUGAACAGCAACAGUGAGACGAUCAUACAGAACAUUCCAGAUGAUAUGGCCAUUCAGAUCCCUCGUGUUCAGCUGCUCGGCUUAUCAAAUAACAGCAGCGUUAUCAACACACUCAACCAGAAGAAAUGGAAAUAUCAGCAGGUUGAGUUGUUCUUUGAAAUAAUUGCUGCGGAAGCUGCGACUGCAAUGCUGGGAGGUCCAAACAAUUUGUCAUCCACUGUGCUGCAAGGGUUCACAUGCACCGGAGUGAGAAAUGUUAAUAAGGUGCAGAUCAAGAAGCUGAUCGGAGCCUGCCGCAGGAAAGGCAAGAACAAGGUCCCAUUGGUCGAGACUCAGUUGACCUGCAUGUAUAACUAUAUUAAAAAUGACUCAGAUGCCACCAGCUUCAACCUAUAUCCUCCUGAAAUGCUACUGUACUAUGAUUACUCCCUGGUGCCACAGGCCAGCUGCAGGUUCUAUUUUGAACAACUGGCAGAAGCAGACUUCUCCGUCUUCUCCUCCGCCCUCAGCUACAAACUGACCGCUCUGUUUGCUAAUGCCAGGAGCUGUCUGGGUAUAAAAAACACGACAUUGACUGCGGGUAAUAUAAUGGUGUUGGGAAACAUGUGCUGCACUCUGGAUGGUACCUACAUCGAGAACUCUGACCCGUCCAUCUUGGAAAAACUCAAGAACUGUCCGGACCUCACCGGCGCGCAGACAGCAGCUGUUGAAGCUCUGCUGCAGAGCGGAAAAACCCAGUACGGAGCUCCAUCAACAUGGGACGGCCAGACUCUGAAGGACCUCGAGAUCUUACCACUGUAUUUGACCUCAACCUUCUACAGUAACAUUAACAAAAAAACCAAGCAGAGUUUCUUGCGUUACUUCCUCAAAGUCAUCGCGAGCAAAGGAGUGGACAAACAGAAGAGGCGGAGAAUGAAGGAAGAAAUAAGAAAGUCCAUUAGAAACCAAGUCAAGUCAAAGCGAUCAAUCGUAAACGGGUGCACUGUUGGAAUGAUCACCCAGGUGACCAUCAGCGACGAGACGUUCCCCUUCAACUAUGACGACAUAACUCAGUUUAACUUUUGCCUCAACGCCUCGAUCGUUAAGGACAACUUGGAAGCCAUCACUAUGAAGGUGGACCAGGUGGAAUACCUCAGGAUUGUUCUCAGCAAGUUGCGAGAGGCUUACGCUGCCAGCUCCACUAUCCCAGAAAGUCAGGUUCGGCUCCUAGGCCCAGCGUCCCGUGUGGCUAACUUAAGUGACAUCAACCUGUGGACUAUCACUCAAAUCGACACACUCUAUGCUUUGAUGGACUCGUCCAACGGGCAGUGGGACCCGAGCUUGGCUAACGCCAUCAUCUCUAAGUAUCUGAGUAACCAAGGGAACCAACUGGGGAGUGCUGAGCUCAACUCCAUCGGUGGAGCCAACCUUUGCUCCUUGGACAUCGCAGUUUUGAAGAACAUUUCCCAUCAAAGCCUUAAAGAGGCUAACGCCCUGGUGGUAUCCAACUGCACCAUGGAGAAAAAGGAAGUCCUGUUCAACAUCGCCGCACAAGCAUUUGCCACAAUGACCCGCUCCACUGUCCCCGUUUCCUCUUUCCAGCUCAUACAACCUUUCAUCGGGGGUGCACCUGUAGCCUAUGUCCGAAGUUUGGUGCCUGCCAACAUCAACAUGGACAUGGCUACCCUCACCAGUCUGAAUCAGAACGUUGUACUGAACCUGACUGUUAGCGAGGUCCGAGGUUUGCUUGGCUCCAAUGUGGCCGAUUUAAAGUCCUAUGAAAACCAGACGGUGGUACAGAACUGGAUCACCAGGCAGUUGCAGACUGAUCUCAACACACUGGGAGUGGGGCUUUUGGGAGGCAGAGUUGACUCUACAACCACCACCAACUCUCCAACCACCGGCUCCUCAACCAUCAACUCCACUACUAUAACCACCAGUCGCCCCUCCACCACAGGUAAUGACGGUGCCCGCAUCCGAGCAGACUGCGGCUUCUCCUUCCUUGUUCUCGCGUUCCUCAUCGCUUCUCUUGUAUGAAGAAACACAUGGCGGAUUAUUGGAGUUGAUCCAUUUAGGCAUAUAUAUCUGCUAAAAGAAGGAAAUUAUGUGACCUCAUGCUGCAUUGAUUACUAUGAAGAAAAUGUAAAAUGUGUAAUUACAAUGCAUUAGAUGUAAAUAAUGUAUUCUUGAUUAGUGGAUGCCUCAGCAGCAAGUAUGCUCUGAACCCUUUUCACACCUUGCUUUUAGGCUCAUAGUUUUACUAAAUUUUUCCUGGUGGUUCAGUUGUUUCAGUUAUUAAAAUUAAGGUUUAACAGAAAAUGAAGAAGACAGUUUUUGUUGCUGUGUAAUCAUGUGUAACGUUUAGAUUGAAAAUGAACAUGUUGCCUGUAGCUGUAUGAGAUUAUCAAUGAAUGCAUAUUUUUUUAUCAUUGCACAAUCAUUAAAACGCACCACUUUUUGGGUCACAGGCGUCAUUUUAUCUGUGCUGUAAAUCUAACACCAACAACAAAUUUAGUUACUAAAUGAUCAUGAACAGACAAUAAAAGUAAGUCUGAGCCACAAGUAAGUGAACACCA